AUGAGGAGGACAGAUGCUUCAGCGUUAGUUAUCGCAGGCCUGGCAGCCUUGGCGAAAGCGAGAGAAUUACAGAUCGACGACGUCCCGGUCGAAUGCGCGACGAUAUGUGGACCGAUAGUCGAGUUGAGCUUCCGAUGCGACGUCGACAACUCUUUUGACGAGUUGAGAAGACUAAAGAGACGGAACAUCGACAGUCCUCGUCAAAAUGUACCGCCAUCGAGGAGACAAGUGAGGGCCAAGCCGGUUCUGACACCUCGCCGCCAUCACCGUAAACAACAGGAGGACCAAGAGACGGAUGCUACACCCUCAGCAGCACCGGAUCAAGCUGCUCCAGCAAAUGGAGAGGAGGUCCAACAGCAACCACAGCAGGAUGUUCAGCAGCAGCCAGCGCAAGAUGCAGCACCAGUGUUCAUCACCACGCUCCCUUUUGCCGCCCCUUCGCCGGAUCCGCAAGUGACGCCUUCAGAAACGGCGCAGACGACGCCAACCCCCGAUGCACAGCAGCAGUCUACUCCAGCACCAGUCGCUGCCCAACCCGAUGUCACAACGCCCAGCGCUGCUGUGACCCCUUCAGCACCGGCAGCAUCCAGCCCGCCGAUCCCGCAAAUCACACCUCCUAUACCUCCUCCGGUCGUAAUCGUUCCUUCAAUUGCCAUUUCUAUCCCUCAAAUUGCUAUAUCAUUGCCUUUCCAACAACCGCCCGCCCAACAAUCGCAGGCCCCUAGUCCGCCGCCCCCGCAAGGGGGAGGAUCUGGGGAGAAAAAGCCAGAGCAGAAAUUGGCAGAAGACAGAGAGAACGCGGAGAGGGAUUGCAUAUGCAAGAAUAAGAGUUUUGAUGUGCAACUGCUGGCUGGCAUGUGCCAAAGCUGCAUCCGACAGUCAAGGAAUCGGGCGAAUGACAUGGAUUAUAUCAUGGGCACAUGCAACUUUACCGAGUCCACGUACACGCCGGACAAGGACAGUUUGGCAUUCGACAUCCGCGUUGCCGCACAAAAACCGAUGCUUGCCUUCAGCGCGAAUGCCAUGGGCGACGCGGGCAGGUUAGGAAACGAAUGUGCCGCUGUGGCGGUGGCUGUAGGCAUUGUGACCGGGCUUGCUUUGCUGUUAUAA